AUGACUUCCUUCUUUCAGCCCGACUCCUUUGAUCCCACCAUCGAGGAGUGCGGCUCGUCAACCUUUGAUGUCUACUGCAACAACAUCGUCCCAGCAGACCGCCGCUUUCAGUCCCCUUACCAGGUCGUCAACUUCGUCCUCGGCACAGCUGCCCUUGCCCUGCCUCUCCUGCUAUGGCUCUUCCUGCUACUGCGGAGCAGCAGGCUCAAACAGCUUGCCGGGGCUUCACGUUCAAGCAACAAAGGGGGCCAGUUCAAAGACCUGGAUGGCCAUGGGACUACUGCUCCCCUAACUUGCGACACGAGCACUUCUCUCCCGUAUGAAUCGGACUCGGAUGGCUCUUUGCAACCGCAUCACGAGCCCUACCAUUUGACCGUCCUCCCCCUCGACUUCUCUCCGCCCGGCGCCGACCAGGACGACGUCGGCGCGCGGAAAUCCACCCGCUGGACUAUUGGCACCGUACUCCCGCCAAAGAGGCCCCUGGCCUGCGUCAACCUUGAUGACCUCGGCCCCGAGGCCCUCCGAGAUGCCCAGCUGGAGCGGACCACGGCGGUUCUGGUGUCCAUGUGCGUGGACGGGAACCUCGCCGGCCUCGCCCUUCGCGCCUCGUCUUCCACUAAGCCGAAGCAAGUCGAGAAGCUGUUGCAUAGACUGUCUUCGAGUCAAGUCUCGGCCCUGCUCCUGUUCCACCACGAUGGCUCGCGCAUCCUCGACUCCAUCAGCCUCGAGCACGCCGCGGGCAUCGUCGUCGAAAAUGCCGUCAUCCUCCCAGACGGCCAGCGCAGAGAUUACUUUCAGGCCAAGGGGCUCCGUGACAUCACGGCCAAGUGCGCCAAGGAGCGCGAGACCAGGCCCGACUUCUUCCUUGGCUUUCUCGAGCUCUGGAGGCAACGGCCGCAUCCGUCCAUCGUCCGCCGAGCCGUCAAGCUCGCCGACCAUUUCGGCGCCGUCGUCGAGCACGCCUCUUCGGACUCGGGCUCGGACCCGCAAGUGCCCUCGGUCCCGGCAAGUCGCACAUUGAGCGCCUUUGAGUAUCUGAAGCGCCCGGACGUGACAAAGUUGCAAAGCUGCUGGACCGCGGAGCAGCGUAAAACCUGGAUCCCCGAUGGCAAAGCAGCACCGCCGCCAAUGGCACCGCUCGAAGCCAAGCAGCUCGGCUCCAUCAUCCCCGGCGCCCCCAAGCUUCUGCGUCACGAGCCGUUGCCACUCGCGCUCAGUAAGCUGCAGUCGGAGAAGCCGGCGUACUGUGAUCCGCCCGAGUACGUCUCGUUUGCCCCGAGCCGUGACGACUUCUGGAACACGUCACGCGACGGCAAUACCCUCUCGCCAUACGGCUGCUACUCCAUUUGCUCCGAGCCGUCCCACGAAGACUACGUCGCCAUCGUCGAGACUCAGCAGCACCUCAAGGAGCUCGACAUGCUGCACGAUGUCAACAGUGUAGCUUCCUUCAAGCUUCUCGGCUCUCUGCGGUCGCUCGCCGCAUUGGAUGGUUGUGGCCCUUUGGUCCAGGACCUCGUCAAUGGCCUCGAGUCGCAGCAUAUUCGUGUCUACAGGGGCCUGGACACCGGCUUCCGACUGCCCGACGGAGAUGCCUCCUUCUGGGGCGUUUCCAAGACUCGAGACCCUGAUAAAAGGCUCUGUGUCGACAUAUUCAUCUCGCAAAAGGCGCCAGAUGAUGCAGCCACCGUUCUUCACACCUGGCUGGCGCACCACGGCCUGCCCCGCGACCUGCGGUACCACUCGGAAGCCCUGCUCGAGACUGGCACCGGCAGUGCCGCUGCCCUCAGCGGUCUGCCCAUGAGCAUCAAGGCUGGCAUCGAAAGGGCAACGCGGGCGGAAACGCUCCAGCUGCUCCAGCAGAUCCAGGUGGCGCGGCUUGACGGGCCUCUGAGGAAGCCCAUGGUCGAACUGUGCCGCUUCCUGCUCGUUGACCAGACGUCGACGACGUUGCGGAUGCGGACAUAUGGCCGUAAGCUCCUCGAUGGCUCCAUGACCAUGCGCGACGCCCUUGCCGUCCGGCUCGAAAGUCUGGUACGGCUCGGCGCCCACAAGCUGCCCCCUCUUGAGAAUAUCAUGGAGCUCUACCGCCUGGUCGACGAAGCCGUUCGCGACGCUCUCUUCUACGGGGACAAGGAGCCCCUCAACGCAUUCACCGGCGCCCUCGUCCAAGCCUUUGACAUCGAGUCUUCAAGCCCACACAGCCACGUUGACGUCGACACCGAUCUCUUCGCCCUCGUCUUCUUCGGUGUGCUGCGCAGAGCGGCGUUUGAGGAUGUCUACAACGAGGCUACCGACCGCUGCCCGCUCUUCCUCCAGCCCGACCAAGCAGCCGUCUUCUCGGAGCUCUGGGUCCUGGGUUCGCAGUGCGAGGGUUACUUUGGCAUCCUGCCGCGCGACCUGGGCGAGAUAAUCUACGACCGCUACCGGCUCUUCCUCGAGGGGCGGGUGCCAAACACCGGCGACCGGACCAACGAGAUCAUGACCAUGUACUCGAGCCUCGAGUCGAGCCCGCAGACCGAAAGCGUCGCCAAGCGCAACAAGUGGCGAGCCACGCUUGGGGGUCAGACGACCAUGUUCGAGAAGCUCGACAAGUGGAAGACGCGCUUCGCCGAGUUUGGCGCCAUGUCCAUCUUUUGCCUCCCUGCCAUUCUCGAUGUCGUGAUGCUCACCUUUAUCGGCCGUGGCAUGUUCAUGACUGCAUUUAUGCAGCCGGACCACCUCCGCGCCGCCGUCUACGCCCUGCUUAUAUCCCUCCUCCUCUCUGCCGGUAUCGUUGGCUGGGUCGGUAGCACCGGCAACUACUACCUCGCCCACUAUGCCUACGACAACAUGGUUCACUUUCACGUCCAGCGCCUCUCGGGCGGCUUUGUCCUGGCCCUCGCCGUAGCCGCCUGCGGUCUCGUCGUCUUCUCCCUCGUCUACUCUGUCGCCGUGGGCUUCAUCUUCGUCGCCUUCCUCCUUGGCAUCACCACCUACCUCAACCUGCUUGGCAUCCUUGCGACCAUGCAUCAGCAAGAUAGCCCUAUGACAUCUGGCCGCACCGUCGUCUGGCGCAACAUCCCCCUACUCCUGCUGUCGCCCCUCAUCUCCUCCUUUGUCAACGGCCACGACAUUAAGAUAUAUCUCCCAAUCAUCUACACUUUCCUUCUCGCCCUCAUUUACCAGCACCGUAAGCUGUGUCACGAGUGGUCCUGCUGGAUGAGUAAUAUCCCUGACUUCUCCGACAAGGACGUUCUCGAAUGGUUCGUGGCCAAGAACGAGUCAGGCCCAGAUUCCGGGGAAACGUCGCAGGUCCGCGGCAAAGAUGCUCAGGAUGCCUUUCGAGAGGCCGUCUCGUCCUAUAGCCGCCGGACGCGAGACGCCGUCACCUCGGGUCUCAUGGUCGACGCCCUUGUCGGUCGUGUGGCCAAGGGCAUGCCCUACGUCGGCUGGCUGUUCAAAAAGGCCGUGCCAGACGGCAGCCUUCCGCCCACCUUCAGUAGCGGCUGGUUCACCCAGCUCAGCGAUGCCAAGAAGCAGCAGCAGCAGCUGUCGCGAGGCCUCAAAGAACACAAUGUCUUCAUUCUCUUCCGCAUGGCCCGCUACGACAUUGGACAGAACUUGGGCCUGUUCCUCGUCGCCCUCAUGGACCGCUGGGUGAGCGUCAUCAUGGGUGCCCGGCUUCCCCAUGCCAGCCUCUACACUGACUCCCGCGCCCGCUACGGCAUCUGCUUCUGUAUCCUGUACUUCAGCUUCUCCGUCAUGAUCCUGGACGUUGUCUUGCAAAAGUAUUGGAGCCUCCGCUUCACCUCGUCCAAGGAACCGCUUGCCGACUUCUACCACGCGCAAACAGUCGCCAAGGACUGGGAAAGGAUGCGCCGCAGGACGCUCAUGAGCGCCCUGGCUGAGCUUUUCCUGAAGAUUCUCGCCGUCUUCGGCGCCACUACCCUCCUCCUCUGGGUCUUUGUCGAGAGCUCCGAGACGAUGACGCUGUACUACCUCUACGUCCUCGGCUACACAUGUGUCAUCGUCUUCCAGUUCAACCGCUGCUUUACGACAAACGUUCACGCGCACAUCGUCAUCAUCUUUUCUUCUGCCAUUGUCGGCUUUGUGCUGGGAUGUGUCCUCCACGCGGUCCCCGCGACGGCCGGCUGGCUCUACUCGGAUGUUCUAUCCCAAAACUGCGCAGCCGUGUUGGCGGCCUUCGGGACUUUUGCCUGGGCCUGGCGCGAUUUCUCCACGCCCAGCACCACGAAGCUUACCCGCAGUGCCGGCAAGACCAACCAGGAUCGAGAGAUCUGGGCCCAGCCGAUGCUCAGGGCAGAUGCCGAUGCCGAGUCGAAGAUGCCCCUGUUCAAGUCUCGCAAGGCCAACGGGGUCACGGCGAUGCAUGAGGAUGGCUCCUUGAUCGCGCAGAGGAUCGGCCAGCUUCUACACAAAAGUCUUGCUCACCAAAACGCCAUGGCCAAGGAAGCCCCAUGGUCAGAGGAGCUUCUCGACACCGCCAUCGCCAUGUGGAACGCGCGCCGCGUCCGGGUUUUGGCCGUCGACCGUGAGAGCUUUUCCUCGUCUGGUCUGGGCGACAUUUGCUCUUUGAGUCAGAUCGAUGGCGAAGUCCUCGUCAUCAAGGUCGGCUUGUUUGGCAAGACGGAGCUUCGCUCGCCUUCAUGGCAUUCGCUGCUUGCCACUGUGUCUGCCGAGGCCGUGCUCUACCAUGUGACCCGAGUCGACCUUAUGCGGUCGCACGCUCAAGCGGUACAGGCCGAGCACUUCAUCCACGAGACAACCACCGUCUCCAAGCGAAUCGAGGUCGAGCUGGCGUCCGGGGAUGCGAGCGAUCUGAAGCGUGUGAUCCGCAAAUCCAACCCCGAGCUCAUGCGCCAUCUCUGCUGGAACGUGGAUGUUGAGUCUGAUUGGCAAUCCAUCCCCCAGAGCGGCAGAGAAGCCAUCAUUUCUCGCAUCACGGGGCAGCCCAUUGUCUUCUCCGAAGAGCUCUGGGAGUGGACGUCGCAGGAGCGCAUCGACAUACAGACUGUCGAUUUCCAUCUGUAUCUCUCUCUCAACAUCUUUCACAAUUGCACAGAGAGGUAUAUGUCAACCGUCUUCUUCUCCGAUGGUGAUGGUCCCAACACCUUCGAACCCGCUGCCGAGUUGAAGCCCGUUCGAGUCCACGGUCGGCGGGGACCAGGCAACGUUCUGCAGCCCUUGGUCCGGGCUUUCACCGCGGUUCCCCUUUCCAUCGUGAAAUGGAUAGCCGUCAUCUCGGGCGGAGGGGCCAACGUCGAGAGAGAGCUCUGGUAUAGCCUGCGCAAUGUGUUUUGCGGCCGUCUGAUCCUCCUUCCUACCUUGCUCGUGUGGAAGGCGUGCCGAAAGCUGAAGGACUCGUUGAUUUAUGCACUGCUUGUAUAUCACCGGCCCACCCUCGUCAACAUUAUCCGGCUUGCGCAUAAGGGUGAGCGGCGCAAAAUCACGGGAAACGCCAUCGUUAUGGACCAGGCCCGCAAGUCUGUCACCGCCUUCGCGACCAGCGGCGAGGACGAGCAAGCCCACAUGACUGUCGAGGCAUUUGACGGGCUCCCGCAAACCCUUCCGCAGGGUAAGAAGCCGGCCUUCAAAGCCAGGUACGAUGAGCACCUUCGCCUGACCAGCCGCGAAGACGGAGACGGCACCAUGGCGACCUACAACUACGGCGCUCGAGUUUGGCAGCGCAGGCCGCAGUCGAAGGAGGCUGUGGGCGACAAGUACAGGACCAUUGGCAUCUAUGACUGCCACGGGCGCAUCAAGCACGGGAUCCUGACCCUGGGCGACUCGUCGAUGCUCAACUUCUGCUACCACUACAAGGCGACCCCCAAGGGCAACGCCAACAUUCUCGCAGCGGAUUUCAUGCCUGUCAGCAAAUCGGGGUCCAGCGACCUACUGUCCGUCUUCUGGGGCCCGCCCCCCAAGACCGGCGCUGGCGACUAUGACUGGAUCCCGUCGGACAAGGUCUACCGCAUCGUCAGGGUCAUCAACGGUAAGAGAUUCGUCACCGAGUUCGAGUAUCGCCACCGCCGCGACCCCGUCAGCACGACGAUUCUGGAAGGAGACAAUAAUCACAGGACCGCCGUCGCCGAGGAGCCCAGACUAGCCUUUGAGCAAGAUUUUCUGCUCCAGAAGCCCAAGAACCUGUCAUUUGACUGGGACGACGUGCUCAUUCACCACAGGCCACUCCAGGUGAAGCGCAUGAGGCAGUACGCAGGCAAUGGGCUAUCCAUGGCGUCGCGUUGGAGUCCCUUGCACCUGUGGAAGAGAAAGGUCCAUCUCUCCGUCCCCACCUGGCGCAUCCGAACCGAGCUGUGGAAUGGCUGGCUAAACGGCGGUCUCGACGCCGCUACCGUUUGUUGGAUGGACGAGCUCAUCAUCCGCGGGGAGCCGCUGCUUCGCAAGUACUGGCGUGCCCGCGAGCGCGGGAGGUUCCAAGACGCCAAACAGGCGCUGGACGACGACAUUAACCAGAUCGUGUCGGCCAUUGACAUCGAGACGGACAUCUCGGAGCUCUGCCUACUCCCCAUCAGGACCGCGGACCUGUACGCGAUGGGAUUGGGAAGGGACGCCACCGAGGUCACGAACCGGCCGCAAGACGCCUACAAGGACACGCAGGACCGGCUGUCCGUCAUCGUCAACGACAUUGGGUGCUGGCCCGAGGCGCCGGGCGGCGUGUCAAACUGCAGGCGAGAUCUGGUCAACGGCCACAGCACGAUCCGCAACCACGUGCUGGCCGAGUGUGCCAACGACUUUGGUAUCCCGCGCUUCCAGGUGGAGAAGAACGUGCAGUCCCUCAAGCUGCUGCCGCUGUGGGGUCUUGACGGCAAGACUGCCUACCACGGGCUCAUGGAAAACAUGACGCAGUCGCAAGUCGACGACAAGAUUCGCGACACGGACAUGCAGAGAGACGUGGUGGGCGUCUUCAUUCCCCUACUCAAGGAUUUUGUUAAGGGGGCGCGCACCAAGAGCUACUCGCGCGCUGACCUCGUCAAGUACACCAACGUCUUCCUCUCCAUGUCCAAGUACUACGAGCACAAGGACUACAACCAGACGUGGAGCUCCAAGGUGGUCGAGGAUGCAUGGGCCGAGGCGUGGCUCAUCCCCUACCAUGACGAGAACAUCACGGACCCUUCGCAGCACUUUGACAUGCAACGGCCCAGCAUGGCCGACUUCAAGGACGCGCUGGGCAUCUACCUGGCCUACUUCUUCAUCUUCUCCGUCAACAUCCCCGAAGAGUGCCCCCGCGUCUUCCAGAGCACGCACCACGGCAUCAGCAGCCUCUUUGGCAUGCUGCUCAAGUACCGCCGCGGCGUGACGUUUGGCAUCUGGGACCACGCCAUCCUGUGGCGGGAGAGCUGCCUCAACAUCAGCCCGGCGCAGUGCGAGCUGUCCGUGCCGGUACAGUCGAUGCUUCUGGCGGGAAUCCGGCUGGCGAGUCGCCUGGCCUAUUUUCACGCCGACAUUGUCGUGCCGUGCACGUCGCUCUUUAAUCCGAUGUGGGAAACUGAAAUCGGCACCGACAGCGGCAAGCUCUGCAGCAGCAAUGAGUUUGCGCGCAAGAUUGAUCCCAUUGUCAACGGCAUCAGCAACAUGGACUCGUUUAUGCCUGUCGACAAGGUGCGCACCGACACGCCGACGGCGGUGAUGCUGUCCAAUGUGCAGUUCAUCAAGGGCAUCAAGACGGCUAUCCUGGCGGCCGAUAUUAUCGUCAACCGCUACGGGUUCCACGACUACAAGCUGCUCGUGUACGGCGCCAAGGACCGUCAGCCAUCGUACGCGCUCGAAAUGGCCAAGCUCAUCGUCAAGUGCAACCUGUCGGAGAAUGUGAUCCUGGCAGGCUUCGGCAAGCCCAAGGAGGUGCUCAAAGACGCCUGGCUCUUUGUCAACUCGUCCAUCUCGGAAGGGCUGCCGCUGGCCAUUGGCGAGGCGGCGCUGGCAGGCGUGCCCAUUGUCGCGACCGAGGUGGGCGCCACGGCGCUGGUGGUGACGGACCCGGACGACCCGGCGCAGCGAUACGGAGAGGUGGUGGCCCCCAACGACCCCGUGGCCCUCGCACGCGCGCAGUUGAGCCUACUCAGCAUGGUCGGACCGUGGGCACGGUUCACGGAGGACGGCGAGACGAGCGGGGUCGGAGGGUUGCCGGAGGACAUCUCGGCCGAGGACGUCGAGUGGCUGUCGCAGCGCAUGUACGACAGGAGCGACGACCGGCGCCGGCUUGGGCUCCUGUCGCGAGAAGUGGUGCUGCACAGCUUCCACGGACGGCGUUACCUGCGUGAACACGAGCAGAUGUACUGGAUUCAGUGGCACAUGGCCAAGAUGCGCGCGGAGCAGGCUCUCAGCGCCGGGACCAAGAACGCGUACAAGUUCGGCUCCUUGCCCCCGCUGCGGUACAAGGAGGCGGAGCUGGAUGAGGAGGAGGAGGUGUGGGAAGAGGCAGAGGACAAGGCGGCGGUGGAAGCCGACAGGGAGACGCUGGUGGCGUCGCCAAGGGCCAGCGUCGACUCGGAGUCGCAGAGCGUGCGGAGUGUGGAUCUCAGGACGAGGCUCUCGAGGCUGGUACGACCAAGCUUCAUGAACAUCAACAGCAUGGACCGCAGUUCGGGCCAUGUGCCCUACAGCCUGGGAGGGUCAACGGCGGCGAGCAGUUUCAGCAACUGGGCGCCGGGCUGA